CGCUUCUAGGUUUGUAAAGGGUCUUCACUCCUACGCCUUGGAACGCCUUCGUUCACCGAUGGGCACCACAAGGUGUCCACUGCUUCUUGUGCUCCUUGCAGUGUGUCCUGCGCUGCUGCGGGCUUUGUCAUGCUAUGUAGAAGAUGAUUCAGCCAAGGCUGUGGGGGAUAACGUUUGGUUCUGUGUAUUUCUUUCAACAAACCCCGUGAAGAAGAUGGUCUUCCAGAUCAAGGUUGAAGAAUCUGCUGAACUGGUCCUGCAGGGAUCCAAGCAGUUUGCCUUGGACUCACCGUCUGAUCCGCUCUAUACGUGGGUGGCCAACUCCCAGACGGGCAGCUUUUCGGGCCCCUUGGACUGCAGCAACGCCAGCGAGGUGGAGUUGCGAGGACAUGAAGUGAGUUGUCCUCAGAUCUAUGCGCAUUCCACCGGAGUAGCCCAGCUCACCAAUUUGGUGGUGAAUCUUCGGGAUGGCCAGGCCACCAUGAGUAGGUUCAUCCAGUAUCAUCCAGUCGGCCUUGCCAAUCCGUUCAGCAACAUCAACCACUUUCGGCAGCUGGCAGCUCCUCUCUUGUUCGGUCCAGUGAUGUUAUUUCAGUUGUUUGCCCAGGUGAGCUCCUUUGCCUGGGACAACACCUGUAGUGGCUGUUCCCCCAGCAAGUGCAUGAAGAGCAGCCAGAGCUUGACUUCAGAGAACUUUACGGAGGGAUCCGAGUUCUUCCAGCAAGGCACUUGCGGGGAAGGGCCUGACUUUUGCACAGGCACGCCUGCAGCCUGCAACCUACGAGUCUUUGUGACUUGGGCUGGCACUGACAAGCGUGGAAGACACCUGAUCUCAGCCGGAUCACGGCUCUCGAAGCUCCAAGGACCCACGUUGGCAUCCUUGUACGACACGCUCAAGGAGGGCUACAACGUAGCUUCACGGGCAAUCGGACAGUGACGCAGCGAAUUUGCCACAACUUGUCGGCUUCAGACUGCUUUUCACCGCGAAACUACCCUGAAUCGAUACAUUUGGACAUUGUACAGCCAGAUGUCUCAUUGCGCUUUGACUAGACUCUCGUGACAAGUCUGGUGGCAUGGUGACAUUGCGUUGGGCAGUUGGAC